CAGGCUGACAAACGAUGGUCAUAUUGUACUCAUAUCACGGUUGUAAUUUUUAAAGAUAGUUGAAAAUGUUUUUCAUGUAAAAUUCAUCAGAAUUAUCAGAUUCAUAUGAAUAUAGAAUAUAGAUCUUCAUGUCUAUAAUUUUAAACUUUCAUAGGUAGUCAUUAUUAAUAAAUAAUCAAGAAAAAUGUCAUCAAUAGCACCUCAAAGUGUGGUAAAAUCACUACAAGUAGUUGGUGAAAUUUUUCAGGAAGAAAAUAUAAAAAUAUGUGUUAAAGAAUCUGUAAAAGGUGGUCUUAUAGCAGGCAUUGCAACUCUUGUUGGCGGAUUACUUGGUGGAAAAAGUGGUUUAAUUGCUGGUGGAGUAGUGGGUACAGUAGCUGCUUGUUCAAUGACUAAGGAUUUUAAGUCUCUUAUAGAAAUUAUAAAUGAAAUGGACUAUGAAAAACAGAAAAAACUGUAUGAUACCAUACAAAAUGUAAUAUCAUCAAUUGACGUAAGUGACGUUGUCAAAUUGGUGGUUUUAUUAAGCACAAGUCAAUCAAUAAAACAGGCUGUCAUUCAUGAAACUAUAAACUUUUUACGUAAUGAAAUGAGUCUGGAAAUAUGCCGUAGUUAAUAUAAUUUUUUUUGGUUAAAACAAUAAACAAAUGUAUGUAUGUUCAAG